AUGCUCCAGUCUCCUCGCAUCCAGACCACUCGCUCACACACGGAACAUGGGGUGCUGUCCCUUGUCCGCCCUGAUGCUACGAGACGGCGCAGCGCCUCCCCCUCGCCAUGCCGGGCCCUGCCCCUGCUCCCCCGCCGGCCGGCGCCUGCGCAGACGGCGGCCGACUCCUCCUCGCUGCACACCCCCCUGGACAUCCUGAAGCAUGACCUGGAGUACAUGGAGGGGGCCCUGGGCGCCCUGGUGACGGUGCACGAGGACCUCGUGGCCGCGCUGAACCCCCUUGCGGCGCAGCGCAUGCUGAUGGACCUUCAUGCCGAGAUGAAGGUCCUGGAGGUCCAGCUCCAGGCGGCCCAGCUCCAGCUGGCCGCCAACGAGGCAGCCCUGCAGGAGAGUGUGAGCGUGCUGGACUCCAUGCUCGACCGCGUCUACCUCCUGUUCCGGGACGCCAGUGGGGCGGUGGCAUGCAUAAAGGACCAGUGUGCCCACCGGGCGUGCCCACUCUCCUCCGGCAAGAUCGUGGACGGCUGCGCGCAGUGCCCCUACCACGGCUGGCAGUAUGAUGGGGCCGGCGGCUGUGUCUCCAUGCCCUCCACCGUCUUCCAGCAGGGCAUCUCUGUGGACACGCUGCCCGUAAAGGAAGCUGAGGGGAAGCUAUGGGUCUGGACCACCGACCCCAAUGCCGCCGCUUCCAAGUGA